GCAGUAUUUUAUGCCACAGUAUUAGCAACCAAAGUGCAACUUUGAAGUCCUAUAAAAUUUUCAUUUUAAAAUAAGAAAUGAAAUAUUUGCGAUAUGCGCUAUAGUUUAGUCCAAAGUUGAGCGGUAGCCGAACUACAUUCAGUAAGCAAUAAAUUGGCAGUACGUUUUCUUGUAAGACUAAUCCACUCACUCGAAGUUAUCUAUGGACUCCGGUAAACUUCUUGUUCUGUGAGGUUGUCGUCGCUUGUGAAUUAACCAUUUGUUUGCGUUUUUUAAAUUUCUCUAGAAAUACUGCGAAGUGCAAAUUUACGGAUGAAGAAAUCCAUUUGUGUGAAACAUGGAAAAACAAGAAGACCAGGUUGGUGUAGAACUAGGGUAUCUUGAGGAGCAGUGUGAAUCUUGGAAAUUACAAAGCAGGUUUUUCCCGAGCAAAGUCGGUGGAAAACCAGCUUGGGUGAGGCUCGAUUCUGUCCCAGACGCAGACCAACUGCAGUGUCGAAAAUGUGGCGAUCCUACGAUAUUCCUCCUGCAGUUGUACGCUCCGUUCGAUGGACGUGCUCAUAUUCCUGCAGAAAGCGUUACGAAAAACUUUCACCGAUCCCUGUUCGUUUUCAUAUGCAAAAAUCCAGAUUGUUGCAUAAGAAAUAACAGUGACAAUGUCAGGGUAUUCCGUAGUUCUCUGCCUAGAAAAAAUAAGUUUUAUCCAUUCGAGCCGCCAGAUGAUAUACCAGAUCCAUUAUUCUCAAUGGAAAAUUGGACAAGAUUAUGCAGAGUUUGUGGUUGCUAUGCCAGUAAAAAGUGCAGUAGAUGCAGAGUGGCCGAUUACUGCAGUAGGACACAUCAAGUACAUGAUUGGAAAUACCAUAAAAAAGAGUGUGGCUCUAUACUUUCUGAACGAUUGUCACCCUUGCUAUUUCCUGAGUGGGAGAUAAUAACUGAGGCUGAAGAACUUGAUGAUGUACAGUCUACUGAUAAGGAUGAAUUAUGGAAAUUUGAGAAACUUAAACUUGAUGAUGGCUUAGGUAGUAUGGCAAAUGUUCCUGAGAACGAGCUGGAAAAGUAUGCAGAGUCUGAGGAGGAUACAACUUUCAGGAAGUUCCAAGAUAGGGUUAAGCAAAACCCUGAUCAAAUAAUAAGGUAUCAAAAAAAUGGAACACCAUUAUGGAUUGCCAAACAGCCUCUACCAGAGAAGAUUCCAGAUUGCGAACAUUGCGGUGGUCCGCGGCGGUUCGAGUUCCAAGUCAUGCCUCAACUAUUGACAUUUUUACACGAAAACACUCUUGAUUUUGGGGUUCUAGUUGUAUAUACCUGCGAGGCGAGCUGCGAUGAUGAUGGAAAAUAUAAGGAGGAAUUUGUUUUUAAACAAGAUGUCGAGGUUCCUGAGCUUGAAUUAUAGUAUGACGCGUCUAUAGUUCUUUUCACCGUUUUUGGCCUUAUUUUUCAUAACGGAAAAUGCACACUGCAUAAACCGAUCUUCAACACAGUUGCUAUUCUUUCUUGAACACAUGAAGGGGGUAACAAAGACUUCUUUUCAUCCACUUUAUGCAUACGGUCGACCAUAUCUAUUGAUUGUAUAUUAAGGCAUUACUAAUAAAUAAAUAAAAUAGAUGAAGAUAUAACAGUGAUAUUGCCAGUUUUACUGUGACGCAAUAAAAACCGAGAAAAGAACUAUAUUUUGUUUUAUAUUUUAUGACAAACUUAAAGUAUUGAUUACUUGUUUAACAUGGCAUCUGAUUUUUUGAAUAAAUGUUUUUAUAUUGUUCAA